AUCGCCGGUCGCUCUUCGCCCCGCACUCCGCGGCGGUAUCCCGUAAUGUCGCGCUGCAUUUGUUUUCACCGAGCGCGGUGAGUUUCUCGCGCACGACUGCAGAGUCGUUGACGCGCGCCUCUAUUGUUGCCCACGACCAGUCUGCCCGAAGCGGCAUAUCUCCAUGACGGUGCGCGAAUCGGUGCAUCGCGCGGCUCGGUGGCAUUCGAAUGGAUUCCCAGGCGUAUUUAACCAAGUGUCGCCUUGCGCGCAGACACUUGCUCAAACAGCGCCGCCACCGCUUCCUUCCUGCGGCUCUCGGCUCGACGAGCGCCGCGCGCUCGAGAGCCGCGACGCGGCCAAUUAUAGGUGGGCCGCUUGCCAUGCGGCCAGCCAUCGCGGCGGCGCGCGGAGGUUAGGCGCUUGAUAACCGGCUGGAUUCCCGCUGACGAGCCGCUCAUCUCGCUCAAAUUACGCUGGAUCGUACGACUCGGCGCGCUCGUUGCUCGGAUUGCGCCCGCUCGGGGAAAUUUGGCAAGUUGGCGUUGACGCUCGGAGCAGCUCGAAUUAGAAAAGCGCCAAGGCCGCGGGCGGGCGCCGAAAAUAGCGCGCGCAGACUGGCCGGCCAGAGAGGCAGCAGGCGCCGCGCGCCGUCGCCGAUAAACAAACCGUGCGCGCCGACCGGCCGCCCCGCGGAAGUCGCGGGCGCGCCGGGGCUUCUAAUCCCGCCGGCGGGCGCGGCCGCCGCCGGGCGCUGACGUUGAGCGUAGCCAGAGCCGAGCGAUAAGCCGACGGAGCCGCCCCCCGGCCGGCCGGCCGCGGCGCGCAGUCCCUCGCGGCCAGCCUGCCCAUGCACAUCCUCGGAGCGUUGGAGCUGCGCCGGGCCCGCGCGCCGCCGGCCGGCGCCAGGAAGAGCCGCGCCGCGCGGGAGCAGCGCCGCGAGCGGGCCCGCGGCGGCCGCCAGCACGCGCACAAGGUAGGCACGGGGCCGCGCGCGCUCGGCAGGUGAAAGCGCGCGCAGGCGGCGGCCUCUGGCAGCAGGCGCGCCAGGCUGCGCGCGCGCGGGGGGCGUCGGCCGGGCCCGCGCGCGCCGGCCGCGGGGAGGGGGGCGGUCCCAACCUGGCGCGCGGACCGGUGCGGCCGCAUGUGCAUAGUCGGCCGUUGGCUCGCCAGCGCUCGAGUCGCGGGCUGCGUUCGCAAGUCGGGUCGCGUCGAUUCGAGUUGGCCGCAGGCACGCUGAGGAGGCUGCUAUGCCUCGCCGGGCCUGAGCCGCCCGCGCCCCUCGCCGGCUCCUCGGGCAUGGAGUCCGCCGAUGUCCCGCCGAGCAGCAGCAGCAGCAGCAGUCCCCCGGACCACCAGCAUCAGCCCGCGGAGCUCGGCGCUCAGCUGGGAGGAAGCGAGCGCGGGUGGGAGGUGCACCACGUCACCGUCACGAGGGUACCAGGCUACGGCUUCGGCAUCGCCGUCUCCGGCGGGCGUGAUAAUCCGCACUUCACCAACGGCGACCCUGCCAUCGCCAUCUCGGACGUGCUCAAGGCUGGACCCGCCGAGGGAAAGCUACAAGUGAACGAUCGCAUCAUCUCGGCGAACGGAGUGUCGCUGGAGGGUGCGGACUACGGCGCGGCGGUGCGCGUGCUGCGCGACUCGGGCUCCACGGUGCUGCUGGUGGUGAAGCGUCGCGCCGGCGUCACCGUAUCGCCGGCCAGCCCGAAGGGCACAAGCCCCGCGCACCCGCACCACCAGGCGCCCUUCCAGCAGCAGUCGGGCGGCGGCGGAAGCGGCGGCGGCGGCGGCGGCGGCCCCCCCAUGGGUCCCGGCGGCGCGCCACCCGCCCUCGGCGGCUCGACCCUCCACAGCCAGACCCACCGGCUCAGCCUGACGCGGCCCAGCAAGAAGGACGACUUCGGCGUGGCGCUCGGCUGCCGGCUGUACGUGCGCGAGGUGACGCGCGAGGGCACCGGCGCCCGCGUCGGCGACCUGGUCACGCGCAUCGCCGGCGUGUCCGCCGACAACAUGAGCCUGAAGGAGGCGCGCAAGCUCAUGGACCAGAGCAAGGAGCGGCUGUCGCUGGUGGUGAGCCGCGAGCCGCUCGCGGCCGACGCGCCCGAGGCGGCGCUGCUGCAGCAGACGCCCGGCAAGGCCCAGCCCGGCCAGCAGCCCGACUACCAGUCGUCGCCGGCCUACAGCAGCCAGAACCUGUACGUGCCGCCUCCCACGCGGGCGCCGCAGCCGGGCGCCGAGGACAAGAGUAACCUGGCGCCGCGCGGCCGCUCGCGCGGACCCCUCAUGGACGUCUCGCUGAGCCAGCUAGACCUGCCGGCCACGCCGACCCAAGGCCCGGGUCCGGCGCUCGAGCCGCCGCGGCCGCCGCCGCCGCGCCCCGAGGACUACUACAGCUCGCGUCGGCAGAUGUACGAGGAGGAGCCCGCGCUGCAGCGCAAGCCGGUGCAGCAGCAGCAGCAGCAGCCGAUGCCCGACCCGCGCUUCAUCACCUUCCAGAAGGAGGGUUCGGUGGGCGUGCGCCUCACCGGCGGCAACGAGACGGGCGUCUUCGUCACGGCCGUGCAGCCGGGCAGUCCGGCCGCGCUGCAGGGCCUGCAGCCCGGCGACAAGAUCCUCAAGGUCAACGACAUGGACAUGAAGGGCGUCACGCGCGAGGAGGCCGUGCUCUUCCUGCUCAGCCUGCAGGAGCAGAUCGACCUGAUCGUGCAGCACCGCCGCCACGAAUACGAGCAGAUCGUCGCUUCGGGCAAGGGCGACUCCUUCCACGUCAAGACCCACUUCCACUACGAGGACCCGGAGAAGGGCGAGAUGAGUUUCCGCAGCGGCGACGUCUUCCACGUGGUCGACACGCUGCACAACGGCGUCGUCGGCUCCUGGCAGGUCUACCGCAUCGGCAGGAACAACCAGGAGGUGCAGAAGGGCAUCAUUCCGAACAAGGCCCGCGCCGAAGAGCUGGCCACGGCCCAGUUCAACGCCACUAAGAAGGAGAUGAGCGCCAACGAGAGCAGGGGCAGUUUCUUCCGGAGGAGGAGGGGCAGUCAUCGCCGCUCCAAGUCUCUCGGCAGGGAUCACUGGGACGACGUGGUGUUCUCCGACAGCGUCAGCAAAUUUCCGGCCUACGAGCGAGUGGUCCUGCGACACCCCGGCUUCAUCCGACCGGUGGUUCUGUUUGGACCAGUCUCCGACCUGGCACGGGAGAAGCUGCUCAAAGACUUCCCCGACAAGUUCACGUCGCCUCAAACCGAAAGUCAAAUAGAGGAGGGCAGUGGCAAAAGCAUGAAAACAUCUGGAAUCAUACGCCUCAGUGCCAUCAGAGAAGUUAUGGAUCGGGGAAAACACGCGCUGCUGGACAUCACACCGAACGCGGUCGAUCGUCUGAAUUACGCCCAAUUUUAUCCAAUUGUUAUAUUUCUGAAGGCGGAAACAAAACAAGUCGUCAAAGAAAUGAGAGUCGGCAUACCCAAGUCGGCGCACAAAAGUAGCAAAAAAUUGUUGGAGCAGUGCCAGAAACUGGAUAAAAUUUGGGGCCAUGUCUUUAGUGCCGUAAUAACGUUGACUGCGCCAGAAUCGUGGUAUCGCAAGUUGAGAGAGCUGAUCGAUUGGCAGCAGCAAGGUCCGCUGUGGAUGAGCCAAACGAAGCCGGAAGAGGCUCUCUCGGAUGACUUCCUGUUCCCGAUGACUUCACGCUUGUCCUACGCCUCCUCCCCGGAGAGUGACCUGGAGUUGAGUCCCGCGCCGCCCCUCCCCGGCGUCCUGGGGGUGCCAUCGCGGCUCAAAAGCAGCUCCGAUCCCAGCAUCGCCACGCAGGACGACGCGGUCGCACCACCGCCGUACUCCAGCAGCUAUCAGGUGUCCCAGCUAUUACAGUCCCUCGGCAGCGACCAGCACUUCGUUACGGAUCCCGCGCUCCAGCAGCAGCAGCAGCAGCAACAGCAGCAGCAACAGCAACAGGCUUUCGACCAGCACCGUCGCCGCACCCAGCACCAGCAUCAGCUGCAGCAGCCGGCGCCGCCGGACCUCCCACCGCGACUUGACCGCAACAACAAGCCAACGAGCCCGGCCGCGCGAAUGGGCAGCCAGGGACGCUCGGCGCAGGAGAGGCUUAUCAAUAAGACUGACUCCGUCCUCGAAAUGGCCAACUACAUCAAUGCCACGCCGCACAGGGCCAACGCCUCGUCUCUUGACAGGACCCAAGCCAAAGCGGGAAGCUACGACAGCAUGUCCUCGUAUGAUUCAUUCAACACCAACGGCGUAUCCUACUCGACGGGCGGCCUCAACAGCUCGGCGGGUCGGCUCGGACCCAACGUCCCGGACGAUCUCAAGAGCAGUAGCAUGGCUGUGGCCUCAAGGCCCCACGAUCCCUACAGGUUUACCAGGUCCACCGCGAUACCCGUGCAGGAGACGCAGUUGCGAACUGACUACGCCAAAUACAGCCGCGCUGGCGACUACAAACCCGUGCCAGCGUCGCAGGCCAGCAAGCCGAGUGGCACGUACAAGCCGGUGCCCCCUCCGAAGCCAAAAAAUUACCGGCCGCCUCAGCAAGCCGUCGUUCAAGACGAGAGCGGCGGUGGCAGCCUGUACCAGCACGCCAAGAGCUACUCGAUGGGCGCGUCUUCGCACGCGUACAACGGAGGGGCGGAGAACGGCGGCGUGAGCUGUGCGCAGCGCAACAGUGGCCAAUACUACUACAACAUAUCGCCGCCCGGGCGAAGCAUGCAGAGCGACAAUUACUCGAUGAGCUCGGUCCACGCGCAUAAUCACAGCGGGCCUGCCAGCAUGUCGUCGCACAACCAUGGCGCGUCGCACUCGCAUCCCAUGUCGAGUCAACCGAUGACCUCGCACUCGCACAGCAACAGCUCCGGGCAGAUCGGCGUGCAGGCGUACUCGCACGCCCGCGGCAGCGCGCUCACGAUGAACGGCCACAGCCACAGCAACAGCCACAGCGGCGUCACCCACCAGAGCUCCACGCCCGCCAGCAGCAACCACAACCGGGAGGCUAGCGGGCUCGACUUGGCUGGCAGUCGGGAGCAGCGGGGCAGCGCGUUCGAGCUCUACCGGAAGCCGCUGCACCAUCACAACAUGAGGACCAAGGGGAUGGCACGAGGUGAAUCUGUGCUCAGUCCACUCGUGGAAUGCGGACCAAAGGGCCUCGAGUUUCGAAAUCCAGUCGAGCUUAGGAUCCCCCAUAAGGCCACACCGGCUUACCGACUCGCCCUCAAUGCCACCGACACCGAAGACAACACCAGCACUGAUUGGUUGAACGUUAAACUGCCAGGUCCAACGUCGGACCACAUUAUCGUACGACUUGAUCACUUUUAAUUUUUAAUUCAUCUCUUGAUACGCAUUUAUCUUUUUAAACUGCCUACCGCGAUAUACAUUUACCUUGUCUUUUCUUUGAACGACGCUGAUUUGGCGUGCCUACUGAAAGUAUUUCGACCAGUUUCACUUCGAGAGUCGUCAAAACUAAGACGGAAAAUCAAAGUCACGCGAUCACUGUUGCGAUGAAUAUUAAUUUUACGUUGAACCGUUUUGUCACUUAGGAUGACGCGCCGAUCGAGCGACUUUUCGAAAUAUUUUCAUUUGGAGCCAAAUCACAAGUAUUAGUAUCACCGUCAAAGUCUGAAUUAUUUAUGAAAAUUGAAGCAGCAAUUACAAAAUACUACGAGAUUUCAUAGCUACUUAGGAAUUAUCGGUAGUUGCUUUUUUUCUGACUUGAUCUGCAUUUAUAUAACACCACCUGUAAAUAGUGGUUAGCGAGAUUAUUAUACCAAAAGAGCAAAUACACUCCGAUAAUUGAUAACACUUUGCUCGGCAUUUAUUUGACAGUCAUGACACUGAACGUAAAUAGCGUUACUCAUAAGCAUAUGCUGAUUGUGAUUUUUGUUUUUCUUUUAAUUAUACUUUUUCUUAUUUUUUUAUAAUUUGCGGAUAUGUUGUAUGAUUUUGCAACGAAAGAUCUUUAACGAAUGAUCUUCAGCGGAGGAUCAUUUAUGAAAAAAAAACAUCUGUCUUAAUUAAUAAUUUGUGGAUUAACGUGUUUUGUUUUUUUAAAUUUUCCUAGUCCCGCAUGUCUUUGAAUUAUUCUGCAUAGAUAAACUAUUGGUUCAGAUUAAGCCACAAACUAUUGAUAGUUGUACGUUACGCAAUAAUUAUAUGAUUAGAGCCAUAGCAUUAAGAUCUACAUAGAAAUUUUAAAGAUUACGUAUAUGGUAAUGAAUCAAGUUGAAAUUCGACGAAUCUCACACGUGUACACACACACACACACUCAUACACACACGCACACACACACAUGUAUAGGAAAAUGUUGAAUCUCCACAAUAUUAAAAUUAAUAUUUUUGUUAAAUUAUAAGUAUAUUUUUAUGAUAAGUCUUCCAAGAUUACAAUUUGCAAUGACAUGACAUUUAAACAUUAAAGAAUUUGAAAAAAACGAAUUUAUUAUUACACUUAUUUGUCGCAAACAGUCGUGAUUAAUGACUAG